GCACGCGCACUCCUCUGGCAGGGGCGACAGUCGCGCGCUCCCGUGCGUUCGCCAUAGAAAACAAAGCUAUCCGAGCGCUUCCAUUACAAACCCAGCGCACAGCUCUCUCUCUGCAUGCACACCCAAGAUGGGUUUGCAGCUCAUCUGAGGGCCUUUGAAAGCGGGGCCUGUUGCGAGGACAGUCAGCCAGCUGAAGUCAGCGAAACGUUUCGGGAUUUUUUUCUCUCCCCGGACUGCUUUUGUUUCUUAGCCGCGGCUAGCAGCACAGCUACAAUAAUUGUCAUUUCUGCUGCGAGCUGCCGAAGGAAAACACAUCGCCAUGUUGUUAUCGGAGGGGGCUCAGUGAAGAAGGCGAAAACCGUGAGCGUGUGGAGGAGAUAAUCUCAUCGUUUGAGCCCAACCUGAGUCCUCAGCCGCUGCCUGACUGACUGACUGACAUGGCGGAGCAGAGCUACUCCUGGGCGUACUCCCUCGUCGACUCUAGCCAGGUGUCAACCUUCCUCAUCUCCAUCCUUCUCAUCGUCUAUGGCAGCUUUAGAUCAUUAAACAUGGACUGUGAGAACCAGGAGAAGGACAAGGAUGGAAACCCCACCGCCACUGGCUCCUUCAACAAUGCCAACUCUAACAACAGUAUUCAGACCAUAGACUCCACACAGGCCCUGUUCUUGCCCAUCGGAGCCUCUGUGUCUCUGCUCGUCAUGUUUUUCUUCUUUGACUCGGUUCAGGUGGUGUUCACCAUAUGCACUGCAGUUCUAGCGACCAUCGCGUUUGCAUUUCUCCUGCUGCCGAUGUGCCAGUAUCUGACCAGGCCCUGCUCCCCACAGAACAAGAUCUCUUUCGGCUGCUGUGGCCGCUUUACAUUGGCGGAGCUGCUGUCGUUUUCUCUCUCUGUCAUGCUGGUUCUCAUCUGGGUGCUGACGGGCCACUGGCUGCUCAUGGAUGCUCUUGCCAUGGGUCUUUGUGUGGCCAUGAUUGCAUUUGUGCGACUGCCCAGUCUCAAGGUGUCCUGCCUGCUGCUGUCGGGCCUUCUCAUCUAUGAUGUGUUCUGGGUCUUCUUCUCCGCCUACAUUUUCAACAGUAACGUGAUGGUGAAGGUGGCCACUCAGCCUGCUGACAACCCCCUUGAUGUGCUCUCACGCAAGCUGCACCUGGGCCCUGGCAUGGGACGGGAUGUCCCCCGUCUCUCCCUGCCAGGAAAGCUGGUGUUCCCCAGCUCCACCGGCAGCCACUUCUCCAUGCUGGGCAUUGGUGAUAUCGUCAUGCCGGGCUUGCUGCUGUGCUUUGUGCUCCGAUACGACAACUAUAAGAAACAGGCCACUGGAGAGGUGCCCGGUCCUGUCAACAUGUCCGGACGCAUGCAGCGGGUUUCCUACUUUCACUGCACCCUGAUUGGUUACUUUGUUGGUCUGUUGACUGCAACUGUGGCCUCUCGUAUUCACCGCGCAGCCCAACCUGCUCUCCUGUACCUGGUGCCCUUCACCCUGCUGCCUCUGCUCACCAUGGCCUACCUGAAGGGCGACCUGCGGCGCAUGUGGUCUGAGCCCUUCCAUGCCAAGUCCAGCAGCUCCCGCUUCCUGGAGGUAUGAUGCUGCUCCGACCAUCACAAGUUCCCGCCAUCCCACUGUUCCUACCCACCAGAGAGAGAGAGAGAGAGAGAGAGAGAAAGCGAGAGAGAAGUCGGAAGAGAGGAACUGCACUUGUCUUCUCAUCAUCCCUCAUUCCCGUUGUCAUCCUCCAGCCAGUGGAUGAGCAGCUGCACUGGACUUCACUGCCAGAUGGAUUCAUGCACUCCUCUCGUCUCUCUUGGUCUUUUUUUUCUUCUACCUCUUUUCUUUCUAAGCUCCAUUCCACCUUUAUCCCCCCAACUUUCUCUCUCGCUUCUAUCCCAUCAUCCCAUUCAUUCCUGUUCCACCGGACUCGGCCGCUUUUUACCGGAUUGUUCUUCAUCUGGACGUAAACCGGAGCCCCUUUGAGCUCCAAGUGUGUUUCCAUUUGUACCGUUUGGCACCAUUACGGAUUUACAGACUGAGAUUUCUUUAUUUCCUGCUCUAAAUGAACUGUGUACGAGGAACGUAGGUUCUGCCACAGCUUGGGAUGACGAUGACCCUAUAAGGGACCAGCACACAAUAGAGGACAGCGUCGUUUUCCCCUUUCCUUCCCUCAUUCUCUCUUCCUUUUUCCCUUUCUGAUAAAAUCCAACCCGCAUCCACCCCUUCCUCUCGCCAGAUUCCCUCUCUAACAGCCCCUCCUUUGCAGAAACAUGUAUUUUAUUUAGAAAGAUUUUAUUCUUGGCAUAUACAGAAAUGAUGCAUUAUAAAUUGUGGGGGCGUACAGCUCUAUGUAUAUAUGUGUACACAUGUAUUAGGGGUUAUCAUGUCGAGGUGCAAGUGUGUGUGUGUGUGUGUGUGUGUGUGUGUGUGCGAGUGCGUGUGUAUGAAAGAAAAUGCAUUUAAACAGGAAACCGGUUUUCAUUUUGUUACUUUUAGAUCUCAGAAUGCACAUUUUUCUCUCGUAAAUUGCUCUGCCUAGGUCACUUUCUUUUUCUUUUCUUUUUUUUCUCUCCAUAUUCCGUAAAAUUUAUUGCGCAUCGCCAUUCAGUUUGGCUACUGAAGUCAAGAUUCUGUGAUUCAUGUUUGUGUUUUUGUAUGAAUGUAUGCCGUUGCCUCCACGGGCUCUGGAUGGACCACUGAAGGCAAGCUCCAUUGUGCUAAUGGAGGGAAAUGUUUAUGGAUUGUACUAAGCUCAGUUAUUUAAACAGGCCGAAUUUUUUCCACUAGUAUUUCAAGUAUUUGUUUUUGGGGUUUUUUUGGUUUUUCAUUUGUAGUCAUUCCUUUAAUCCAAUUGGCUCUGUAAUGGUGAAACUGGAAUUGAAGUGCAAGAUUGAGAGAGAGCGAACGAGAGAGAGAGAGAGUGUGUGUGUGCGUGUGUGUGUAAUGUUGUAAAAAAUAUUGCAUUUUGCUGGCUCAAUCUGUUGAGUUUAGCUUUUUUCUUCUUUUUUUCGUUCCUUUUUUUUUUUUUUCUUUUUUUACCUGUUGUUACCCGUUUUUUAAUCUGUUAGUCGUCUGGCCUUGCAUGUCAAUUGUACAGCGUGUCGUUCUUCAAAGCUGCGUUUUCCAGGGCAAGCGCACUAGUGCGACACUCUGAAACUCUGAGACGCAGACACGGGGUCAUGGACGAAGACUCGCACAAGAGAAUUUAUGAAGCGGAGAGGAGCAACAAGUCAGGACCGCUCUGAUCCCCUCGGCCGGCUUGGACCUCGCGCAAACAUUGGCACUGCGUUGCCCGAAUAUUCAGUAUGAACGUUUGCCUGGCAGUGGGAUACUUAACCUGAGCAUCACGGACAUCAUUUUACCCACAAACCUCCUUUUCACUGUCCCUCUGCCACCCUUACAGACAUUACGAGGAAAAAAAAAACAAUAUAAAUGACGAUCAUGACGAUUGCAUUGAAAGUAAACUUUUUUUUUCUUUUUUUUUUUUUUUUAAUCGAAGAUUGCAUUUUGUUUUUGUUUUAUCCCAUUGUUUGUAUUUUUUCUCCACUUUCUUCCCCUAAUGCUGUGGUUUUUUUUCGUUUUGUACUAAGGGUUUUUUUUUUCUUCUCCGUCGUCCUCCCCGCCUGCAGAGGGCGCAAAGCUCUGAUGGGCGAUCAACAUUAACAGCCAAAAGGAUUCUGUAUAAAAAAAAAUUGAAUAAAUUAAAGUGUAGUGAAAUGUGGAUCCAAAUGAGCUGUACUGAAGACAUUUCAGCUCUCAUAACCUUCCCUUUCUUCUUAGUCAGGAUUCUGCUGUAAAUAAACAUGACUCUAACUGUA